ACUGUCUCCAGACGUUUCCAGCAGUCCUCAGCCACCGUCUUCAGCCUCUAUCUUCAUCAAGGGGUUGCAUGCUGAAAGAUGGGUUGAUAAUCUGAAAGAGGAGGUAAAGUUAGGUUGGCACAUUAACUGUGAACUUGUUUCCUCAACAUAAUAGUGGGGUUUAGUUCCGUGUAUCGGGCGAGUCCAGCGACCAAAUCUAACUUUGUACAAUGUCAAUAUUCCUAUCUAUUGAUGGUUGGCUUCUUGCUCAGAUGGAAGUCAUGCUAGUCUGUAUUUCAACUGCAAACCUUCUAGGUGUGUUGGUUUGGACAAGCUAUUUGUGCACAUACAGAAUAUGCAAAUAUUUGUAAUACUAUUUAAAAGCCUAUGUUUUCUGUUGUAUUCGCCUUUCAUGUUAUUCACUUCAGAUAGCAGCAGAACAUAUGAACAUAUUGUUAGUUGUUAGUCACCCCAUCUGGAAGGUAGUGUAAUGGGAUUGGGGUUGGACCGUUGUGUCUCAACACUCCCACCAUCAGUUGAAAAAAUACGAAUGUUUAACCAGGAUGCUUUCAAAGCAACACUUCGUUGCUGGACUCGCCCAUCAGAGGAACAACGUUGAAUUCAAAUUGAAUGUUACAUAUAUUACAAUUACAAGUUUGUUGUAGUUUAGGAAUGUCACACAUAACCCAUUUCCAUCAAAUAUCUUCACUUCAGAGAUGAGUAGCUGUUCCUUUGACGAGAAACACUUCAGCCUAUGCUGUCAGCACUUCCUGAAACAUUCCAACAGUCUGGGAGAUGGCUGGAGCUGGGAGCAGUGGCAGCACUCUGAGGAAGGCUACCUGAAGAAGACAUCCCUGAGAUCUGUCACAAUUACCAGCAACAAUGCUGCUGAGUCUGGGGUCCCAGAGCAGGCAGACCCAUACCCUACUCGGGAAGAAAAGCUAUCUGCCGGAGACGUAUCAAGUGAUGUCCGAAGUGAUCUUGAAGAGGAUGAUGCGUGUGUGCAGGCCGCCGCCAGCGGCGUGGUGCUCCAGCAUGAGUACCACGUCCUGUUCAGCUGCAGCUUCGGGGUGCCGGUGCUCUACUUCAGAGUCUUUGAUUUAGAAGGCAGGAGCCUGUGUUUGGAACAAGUGUGGGACAUAGUCCGUCGAAACUCCAGGAUGAGGCUACAGCAGAGUCCGUGGAACACCAUCACUCAACAGGAGCACCCGAUGCUGGGCCAGCCCUUCUUUGUCCUGCACCCCUGUAAGACAGAAGAGUUCAUGGGGCCUGUGGUCCGAGCAGCCGAGGCGGAAAACAGGAAGGUGAACUAUGUGGUGACGUGGCUGAGUGUGGUAGGCCCACUGGUAGGACUGGAGCUGGCGUUAAGCUACUCCACCCUGCUGCAGCCUGCUCUAUGCCCUCAAUGAAGGAACAGGGCCCCUGGGAGUGACCUGAUGGAUCUAGUUCAUGAGGACUGGAGAGGAAGACACUCGGUCUAAUACCAGGUUCUGACUAUCUGCGGGGAGACGCACCAAGGUGGCUCUGACUGCCACGCCCUGACCUGUGGACGGGCUCUCACUACGGGACACCAGCAAAUGAUGGAGGAAGACCUUCAGCUGACAGAACGGGACAUGGACUGGGCUCCGUGCCCUCCCUCUAAGCCCUCAUCGUUCAUUAGGUCGAUGGUUAUGUGUUCAUCAUAUCAUUUAUUGGUUGACUAUUACUGCUUUCACUGCUGGUCAUUUGUUCUUCACCUUUCUCCUGCACGUGGCCCUAAUGUUGGCGUGUCUCUCUGACACCUCAUUAGGAUGCAUCGCCCCUAACAACAGGCUGGCCGGCGCCUUGCUUUGUUUAAUGGAGUGAUGAGUGGCUUGGCCUCCAGAGCACACAGCUGGGUCCACAUACAGGUGUGGCCAAUGGGACUGAUUGGGAGAGCCCAUUCAUUUUACUCAGAGGAGAAAUGGAAUGACCAUUAUGUUUAAGGAUGUAUAUUUAAUAUAAUUAAUCGAAUGAUUACAUAUAUUAUUCAUAAUAAAAGGAUAAAUAUGGCGGAAAAGGUCACGUUAGAUUUUCAAUUCUUGAUUGACUGCUGGUAUGUUUUAUGUUCAGCCUCAUUCACCUGUCAUUAAAUUAUUUGAGCUUGUUAUUUUUUUUGUUAAUUAUUUCCCACUACACGUUUUUGUAUUUUGGUAAAAAAAACACCUUGUUGUUAAAUCUGCCUGCAUUCCUGGAUUCAGCAUCGCCCCGUCACAACAUUGUUUCUCUGUUUGAGAGAAUCAUUCGCAACAGCAUUCAUUCUUUACAAAAUGUAUUACUUAAAGGACAUUAACUACCACACUAACCAUUGUCCCAGAGACAUCAGCUCAUUAGUCACCCAUUCAUAGAUGUAUUUCCGCUGGUUUCAUUCCGCUUCAUUUCCACCAUUUCAAAAUUGUCAAUAGCUUAUUUUAGGAAGCUGUUAGGUUGGAUUCAUAUGCUGCGUUAUUUAAACAGUCACAGAACUUAGUUAUUGCAUUUUAAUAAUUGCAGUUACAAUUACUGUAGCCUGAAAUACAUUUCACUGCCUUAAUCUGACUAGUCUCAUUAAUAGAGCUCAUUAUGGGAUAGUUUUCAGAACAGUUCUGUGCUGUUUUUUUUUAUUUUUAUAUCCUUAAUGCUUGUUUUCCUGUUCUUCAUUAAAUGAUGAAUCAGAGCCUCUCUUUCAGACCCUCCCACUUCCCCCCUCUCCUUC